AUGCGAAAAAAUUUACUUUUUUGUUUGCCGGCUUUUUCAGGUAUUCAGUGGGCAGCUUUUUUUACACUAAAAGCUGAAGCAUGGAAGAUCAGAGGAAUAUUCUCGUUAAAUCAAAAUAAUCCAAUAGCCAAAAUACUUAAAGGUUUCCGUUCAGACACAGCGCUUUACAGCGGUAUAAUUUACUUUAAAAAAAGCUCUUUAACAAUUCAGGUGAAUAAACCUUUCCCGUCUCCCUCCAAAAAUAUUGUCACUCAAUUUAAAAACGAAAAAUUUAGUUAUGUCGAAAAUGUUGCAAAGAGCAGUCAAAACUUAAAGCUGUACAAUUGUAUUCAGUACAUGUUUGGUGAUUUAAACAAAUCUAAAAAUGCUCUAUCUCAACCUGGUAUUAGAAGAUUUUUAGGAGUCAUUUUAGUAGGUCAAAUUUUUGUAGAAAUACCUUUAGAUGGUAUUAAAAUGUUACCUAACAAAAAUGAAAUAAUGCUGCUGUUAGAACAAAAAAUAUUAAGAAUUAACAAUUUUAAGUCUUCCAGUGAUACUUUUCAUAGUCAGCAAAAUAACGAAAAAUUGUGUUUUUAUAGUCUCAUAAAUAAAGUUGAAAAUGAUAAAUGUAUUGACUUAAAAAAAGCAAAUAAUGUGUUAAAUAAAAAUGAAAUAUGUGUGUUGAAGCUUUGCGAUAUAGUAGUAAAAGAUAUUAAAAUGAAUGGUAAAUUUAUAAAACUUUCUUUACAAGUUUAUGACGGAAGAUUAAUAAUGGUUGACAUUUAUGACAGAAUAUCAACAAUGUUUGACAUUUAUGAUAAAAUAUUAAUAAUGUUUGACGUUAAAAGUUUUGAUAAUAUUUUGGCUAGUGGUCAACAAAGGGUAACUAUUUUGAGUACAUACGACAGUGAAAAAAACUUUAAUUAUAUUGAAGGAGUGCAAACAAAUGAUACUUGUGCUCCUUUUAGUUCUAAUUAUGAUUAUAAUAAUACAAUUCGGAGAUCAAAUGUUCAAAUUAAGGAACUACCAACAUUGCGUGAACAAGAUUACAAGAAUAAUCGAACAUCUUCAAAUCAGGUAAUUCGAGAUUUAAGAGAUCAAAACAAUAGUUUAGGAGGGGAAAUAAAAGCUGCAGGUAGGAUAAAUUUUCCACCUAAUUUCUACGGUAGUGAAUUAAAAAAGGAACCGAAUGAAAAAAAUGAGCAAGACAAGCCAUUUGCUUGUGAUUUAAAAAAUAAGGAAAAUGAAGACAGUACAGAUAGGAAGAAGUCAUUGUAUUGUUAUUUAUAUCCUUUACUAUUUUUAUUUUGUCUGACUGCAAUUAUAUAUCUUUUUAAGAGUAGAAAGAAGAUAAAAAGAUUAUGGUUUUAUUAA